CGCCGCCUCCUCGCGUUUCUGCAGGGCGACCGAUUUCUUGGAUCGAGACGGUUUGCGGAAGCGGAUGCGGGUCGAGGACCGAAUACCGGUGCCCCCACCGAUGCCCCAACAGCAGCCGAGGAUGACGUCGUUUGAGGACGAGAGGAGGUUGAGCUUGAUUCGGGAGCACGGGCAGCAGAACACUGCUCCGCUUUCUGAUCACAGGUUUGAUUACGUUUCGCAAGCGAAUUCUUUUGACGGGCAUCGAAAUUUUCAGGACUUUUCAAGGCCGGAGAGCGUUGACAGGGUUUUGCUGCCGGAAAGAAGGGAUUUUUAUGGCGGAGGGGUUGAAAGUUUGAGAAAUAGAGGUGAAGAGAAAUAUGUAGAUCGAGGCUCGGAUGAGCGGUCAUUUGGGGAGUUCAGGCCAUCACUUUCUCGUGAUCGCGAAUUUUAUCUGAAUGAGAGCUCGUCUUAUAGAUUGCCGAAACAAGCUCAAUAUCCUCACUCUGAGAAUGGUUAUAUGAUGCAUUUGUCAAAUGAACCUCAGUAUCCUCUCUCUGGGAGCGAUCAUAUGAUGCCUUUGCCAAAACAAGCUCAGUAUCCUCACCCUGAGAUGCCUUGUGCAAAGCAACCCGAGCAUCCUCAGUCUGAGAGUAAUCAUAUGAUGCCUUUGCCAAAGCAGCCUCAAUAUCCUCGCUCUGAGGGUUAUCAUAUGACAAGAACAGCAAGUGAUGAACAAGGGAGCCACCAUCCUCCGCCAUAUCCUAAUUAUGGUCCGCCAUUAGAAAAUAAAUUUGAGUUGCGAAAUGAACAAAUUACUCAUUUCGCACCCAAGCCUUAUGUUAGCUCUGCUUCUCAUGAGAGUAAUGACUAUAGGAUGGAUUCGACGUUGCCAGGUCGAGUUUAUAAUUCUCUACACUACGCUCCUUUGCCACCUCAUCCUCCAAUCCCUCCACCUCCUGAGCCUUCUCCUCCACGGAAUUUUCAAGAUAAGCCAUUGAUACGGUCACCGCCUCCCUUGCUGAGUCCCAUUCCGUCUACUAAUUCAAAACCUUUGUUUCCUACUCCACCUAUUAGCCGAAACAUUUUGGAAUCUCGCUCAGCGGUGCAAUCCAAAUUCUACGCUGAGACGGUUGGCCACACGACUGGGUUUGUUACUGAGGCAUUAGGAUUUAUACAUCAGAAACCAUCCAAGGAAUACAUGGAGCGAAGAGGACAGACAUUUCCGAAUAGGCGUCCUGUUAAAGAUGAACCUACAGUUAUUGAUGCAUGCCAAUUGUUCAAGCAGCCACACCGAGCUUCUCGUCCUGAUCGUAUUGUAGUCAUCCUUCGGGGACUUCCAGGUAGUGGAAAGAGCUACUUGGCCAAGGCACUACGUGACCUUGAAGUUGAAUCUGGAGGAAGUGCACCACGAAUUCAUGCAAUGGAUGAUUAUUUCAUGAUUGAAGUAGAAAAGGUUGAAGAAAAUGAGGGCUCUAAAUCCUCCGGUUCAUCCCGAGGGAAGAAACAGACUACUAAGAAAGUGAUCGAGUAUUGUUAUGAACCUGAAAUGGAAGAGGUUUAUCGGUCCAGUAUGUUGAAGGCUUUCAAAAAGACUUUAGAUGAAGGGAACUUCACAUUUAUAAUUGUGGAUGACCGCAAUCUGCGGGUAGCUGAUUUUGCUCAGUUUUGGGCAGUUGCAAAGAGAUCGGGGUAUGAAGUGUACUUGCUGGAAGCAACAUACAAGGAUCCAACUGGUUGUGCUGCUAGGAAUGUGCAUGGGUUCACGGUACAUGAUAUACAAAAAAUGGCAGAGAAAUGGGAGGAAGCUCCAUCAUUAUAUUUGCAUCUAAACAUCCAGUCAUUAUUCCGUGGGGAUAAUUUGAAUGAGCAAUCUAUCCAAGAGGUGGACAUGGAUACAGAUGAUGCAGCUGGUGAUGAAGAAGCAGAUAAGCCCCAGCAAAGUGAAGAUAUGAGGAAUAAAGAACCCUCACCAUUGAAUCACACACUUGAUGGUAUAAGAAAAGCUGCAGAGAGAUGGAAUUCUGAUGAAGAAGAAGAGGAGUUGACACAUGUGAAGGAUUUGGGAAGUAGUAAAUGGUCAAAGGAUGUGGAUGAGGAUAUCGAUGAAUCUGAUGGUGCUGGAAGAAAUCUGAAUGCUCUGUCAGGUCUGGUUCAAGCCUAUGGCAAGAGUGAAAAGUCUGUCCAUUGGGGUGAUCAGGUUGAAAAGAGUGGAUUUUCUAUAGGUGCUGUCAAGAAGCAGAGAAGAUCAUCAUUAAUUAUUGGUCCUGGAUCAGGCUAUAAUUUGGGUUCCAACCCUCUACAAGAAGAUGACGUUGCUUUGCAAUCAAGUGGAAAGAGCAAUGUCAACGAGUCAAAGAGGAGGUUUACUGAGCAACUUAGAGCUGAGCGCGAGUCUUUCAAGGCAGUGUUUGAUCGGAGAAAGCAGCGCAUUGGGGGACUGCGGGAUGUAGAAGAUGAAUAGCCUAGUUUUGGACUUUAUCAUUGCUUAUUUACCCCCAGUAUGUUGUCAAUCCCCUUUAAUUUGUGGGAGGAGAGAAAGAGCUCUACCAUGUUUCUUGCUGAUCAUGUAUGAACGGAUAUGUUCUUGUCUAUGAAGAUCCUGUAUUUAUUUUUAUCUGAUCAUGCAUUAAUGACAAUUGUUAUCCUUUUUCCUUGUCUAUCUAUGGAGAAGGAUUGUCUUGAGCGA